ACCGAAAGCAAAAGGGAAGUCAUGGAUGGGAAUUAAAAAUUGAUGAAAGCAAUUACGAGGAACCAAAGUGGGAGAAAUUUCCAAGAAAAGACCAACUCAACGCCCACAAGACUCUGGUCAAUUUAUAUUUCUUCAAUUGUUUGUCCAUACUUCGCAUCUUAACUGCUCAGUCACCAAGUUUGCUUCCACUUUUGUUACUUGCAAUGCCUUCUAAGGCCAUCAUUCAAUGCAGUUCUUCUUCAUCAUCUCAAGUCACAAGAACGUAUGAUGUGUUUGUGAGUUUCCGAGGUGAAGACACUCGAAACAACUUUACUGAUUUUCUCUUCCAGGCUCUUCGUAGAAAAGGUUUUGAUGCCUUCAAAGACGAUGCGGAUCUCAGGAAAGGUGAAUCCAUAGCACCGGAACUGCAACAAGCCAUUGAAGGGUCUCGCGUUUUCAUCGUGGUCUUCUCUAAGAACUAUGCUUCCUCAACUUGGUGCUUGCGUGAACUUGCACACAUUUGCUAUUUGGUUGAAACACCGGGAAGACAUGUUCUACCUAUUUUUUAUGAUGUGGAUCCGUCAGAUGUGCGAAAACAGAGUGGCUAUUACGAGAAACCCUUUGUCGAAUUCGAAGAAAGAUUUAGAGAAGAUAAUGAAUGGAUGGAGGAAGUACAGAGAUGGAGAGAAGCUCUCACACAAGUUGCCAAUCUCAGUGGCUGGGACAUUAGAAAUAGGCCACAAUAUGAAGGGAUUGAAGUAAUUGUUCGAAAGGUGACAGAUAUAUUGGGUCAUAAAUUUUCAAGUCUUCCGAAUGAUAAUCUAGUUGGGAUGGAAUUUCGUGUUGAGGAAUUAGAAAAACUCUUAUAUUCGGAGUCAAGUAAUGAAGUUAGAGUUUUUGGAAUCAGUGGAAUGGGUGGAGUAGGAAAGACAACUCUUGUUCGUGCUUUAUACGAAAGAAUCUGUCAUCAAUAUGAUUUUACUUGUUAUAUCGAUGAUGUGAACCAGAUAUAUGGAGAUUCUAGUACAUUAGGUGUACAAAAGCAAUUGCUUUCUUGUUCUCUAAAUGAAAAAUAUGAAGAGAUUUGCAAUGUUUCUGAGGGAACUUAUUUGAUAUGGAAAAGGCUACAUCGUAAAAAGGCACUCAUAGUUCUCGAUAAUGUUGAUGAAGUUGAACAGCUAAAGGUUUUUAGUGGGAAUCGAGACACUAUGUUACGUGAUUGCCUAGGUAGAGGGAGCAUAAUCAUCAUAAUUUCUAGAGAUGAACAAAUAUUGAGGAUACAUGGAGUAGAUGAGGUUCGCCAUGUUCAACCACUAGAGGAAGAAGAGGCCGUUCAAUUAUUUUGUAGACAUGCUUUCAAAGCUAAUGUUAUUAUGAGUGAUUUUGAAAAGAUGACAUAUGAGGUACUGUGGCAUGCUCAAGGCCAUCCUUUAGCAAUUGAAAUAUUGGGUUCAACAUUAUUUGGUCUAAGUGUAUCACAAUGGAGAAGUGCAUUAGCUAUGCUAAGAGAAAAUAAAAGUAAAAAGAUUAUGGAUGUGCUGAGAAUAAGUUUUGAAGCAUUGGAUUCUACAAACAAGGAAAUAUUUCUAGACAUUUCUUGCUUUCUCCAUAAUUAUAUAAUGGAUCAUGCAGUAGAAAUUCUAAAUAUUCGUGGAUUUUAUCCCGACUUUGGCUUGCAAGUUCUCAUAAAUAAAUCACUCUUGAUCGUUAAGCAUGGGAUAAUUAAAAUGCAUCGGUUGUUGAUCGAUUUGGGCCAGUCUAUUGUUCGUGAAAUAUCACCUAAAGAGCCAAGAAAUUGGAGCAGAGUGUGGAGCUGCAAGGAUCUACAAAAAAUACUGUCCAAUAACAUGCCAGCAGAAAAUCUUGAAGCCGUAGUUUUUAAUCAGUUUGAAUUCCGUAAAAGAACCUUGAGCGCCGAUGCGUUUUCAAACCUGAGUCAUCUUAAGUUGCUCAAGAUCAAUGGUCCAUAUUUUUCCGGAAGCCUGGACUAUCUUCCUAGUGAAUUAGGAUAUCUAUAUUGGAAUCGAUAUCCUUUUAAGUCUUUGCCACCUCGUUUUCUACCAUACAAGCUUGUUUCGUUGUCCCUGACUUAUAGCAAUAUCGAGCGACUAUGGGAAGAUACAAAGCCUUUACACAGUUUGAAGCAUUUGGAUCUCUCAUAUUCAGAAAAACUAAUAAAGUUGCCAGAUUUAGGGGAGGCCAUAAAUCUUGAGCGGCUAUGUCUGAGAUAUUGCACAAAAAUAAGGGAGAUCCAUCCAUCCAUUGGUCUCCUAAGAAAACUUUCUAAUGUGACCUUGGAAGGCUGCGAAAAUCUUAUAAAGUUGCCACAUUUUGAAGAGACCCAAAAUCUUGAAAUACUAAAUCUUGAGAGAUGUAUAAAACUGGAGAAGCUCCAUCCAUCCAUUGGUCAUAUAAGAAAACUGAAAUCUUUGUACUUAAGACACUGCGAAAGUCUUACAAUGUUGCCAGAUUUUGGAGAGGACCUAAAUCUUGAAAGACUAUAUCUCGAUCGAUGUAUAAAGCUCAGGCAUAUCAAUCCCUCCAUUCAUCGUCUAAAAAAGCUUACUAUUUUGUGUUUGGCAGGCUGCAAAAGGCUAGUAAGCUUGCCCAUCACAAUAUUAUGCCUCAAUUCUCUCAGUGAUCUGUAUGUCUCGACCUGUUCAAAUCUGUCUUAUAUCCAAUUAUUAGAAGAAGCAAGGGAUGAAGGUCAUUUGAAGAGGCCUUGUGUAGGUGAAGCUUCUGUAAGAUCAUCUAUCAUGAAAAGGUGGUUUAAGUGGCCUUUACACUUGUUGCAUUCAAGAACACAUAAAGAUUCAGCUAGCCACUUGUUGCCUUCUCCCAAUUUCUCAUGCAUUCGUGUACUUCAACUAAGUUUCUGUGCUUUACUUGAAAUCCCUGAUGUUGUUGGAAGUUUGCACAGCUUAGAAAGGCUAAAGUUAAGUGGAAACAGUUUUUCUAAACUACCAAGCCUCAAAGAGCUUUCCAAACUGCAUUAUUUAGUCUUAAGGCAUUGCAAGCAACUGAAAUAUUUGCCUGAGCUCCCUUCACAAACGUACUUGCCAUCGCCAACUACAGAAUUUCCAGUAUGUACAGACACGAAAGAUAAAGAAAUAGAUCUACAUUUUGUAAAUUCAGUAUUAGAUGCUUUGAACUGCCCAAAAUUAGAUGAGAUUGAAAGGGAACGCUGCACUAAAAUGGCUGUUUCAUGGAUGAUACAAAUACUACAGGCACAAUACCGCAGAGAUCCGUUGUCCAUAACGAAUAAAUAUUUUUCAAGUCUUACUCCUGGAAGUGAAAUACCAAGGUUGUUCAACCAUCAGUAUAAGUCUAGCUAUGUAAGUAGCAUUGACGCAUCUCCCUAUCGGAAUGACUAUGUGGCUGCUGUGUUUUGUGUAUUAUUCGAAGCUCGAUGCAAAAGGGGUAUUGUGUCACCAAUGUGUCCUCAGAAAGCAAAAGGAGGCAGUAAGAUUCCAAUGCUUCUUGAUGAUGAUCUAGCCGUCAUGGACAAUUGUUCAGAUUACUUGUGGAUGACCUUUUUGAAUAAAUAUGAAUUCCUUGAAUAUCAGCACUCACGUUUGUAUAAUAAUAUAUCAGAAGUAGUCGGGGAUGGUUUUCAUAUUUCCGUGAAGAAAUGGGGGUAUCGUCUGAUAUAUGAUCUCGAUCUAGAAUUAUCUAUUUUAGCAAGGAUGCAUGGUGGAAGUUAGCCGGGCUUGAAGAACGAGGUUUUGGCAUUUGAAGAAAACAAGUAGAAACACUGCAUUUUCACCGGAAUUCCUUAUGGUGUGAUUGGAUGAGACAAUACAAGAGGAUGAUUUAUUUAUUUGGAGAAUUUGAAAUUCUUUAUAAUGAAAAGUUUUGUUUGAUAGAGAAAUUGAAAAACAUUUAAAAUGUAUGCAUUUUUUAAAACAAUUUCAAUUAGCUAAAUUAGAAGAAAUUUAAAUACCCUAAAAAAAUAGUAGAAUUUGAAAUUCAAAUAAUCAAUCUGUUUGGGUUUUAGUGGGAAUCGAGACAGUAUGUUACGUGAUUGUCUAGGUAGAGGGAGUAUAAUCAUCAUAAUUUCUAGAGAUGAACAAAUAUUGAGGAUACAUGGAGUAGAUGAGGUUCACCAAGUUCAACCACUAAAUAAGAAAGAAGCCGUUCAAUUAUUUUGUAGACAUGCUUUCAAAGCUAAUGUUAUUAUGAGUGAUUUUGAAAAGAUGACAAAUGAGGUACUGUGGCAUGCUCAAGGCCAUCCUUUAGCAAUUGAAAUAUUGGGUUCAACAUUAUUUGGUCUAAGUGUAUCACAAUGGAGAAGUGCAUUAGCUAUGCUAAGAGAAAAUAAAAGUAAAAAGAUUAUGGA